UAGCUGCAGGGGCCGGGAGGCUUCGGCGGUGGCGGCGGGCGAGCGCGUCCUUCCUCCCUUCCCUCUCCGAGGUGAAGGGGAGCGCGGAGCGACGGCGAGCGGAGUCAGGUUCAAACUAGAGGAAGAAACACGGUGAUACUGUAACAGCCCUGCCAGAAGGACCUUGGCAUUCUUUUCUCCAGAGGGGGCCAUCCAGCCGGAGGAGUUAGGUUUGGUGUGACUCGUCCACAACAGCGGCGCAGUCUGCAGCUUUCCCCGGCUUUUAACGGUGCUGGGGGGGCUUGCUGUGCGCCGUUCUGGGUUCUCCGACUCCAGAAAGAUGUCUACAAAGUGGAAGGUAUUGGACGGGACCGGCGCAGAAACGAUUUACUGAAAAAUCUUUGUAGUCGUAAAAUUCUUUCGUGGGCGAGAGAGAAAGCGUAAGGACUUGGCCGUAAUCUACGUAUUGAGGACUGUCAGACUAACGCGAUGGCUCAGGCAAGUCUUCUGGCCUGCGAGGGUCUCUCUGGGGUUUGUCUCGUGCCAACUGUUGCCAGCAAGAAGAUGAUGCCGAAGCAAAGCUCCAAGCAGGUGGAGAACGGAGAGAGAGGGGGUGCACCAGAUAUGUUGGGUCACCGCAAAGAGAGUGAGAAAUCUCGCAGCCGGAAGGAAGAAGAGACAACAGAAGGGUCUCCACCUAAAAAGUCCCUUAAAAAGGUGGUGGUGAUAGAACAGAACGGGUCCUUCCAGCUUCGGAUCCCCAAGAACUUUAUUUGCGAGCACUGCUACGGUGCCUUCCGGAGCAGCUACCACCUCAAGAGGCACAUCCUCAUCCACACCGGUGAGAAGCCAUUUGAAUGUGAUGUUUGUGACAUGCGCUUCAUUCAGAAAUACCACUUGGAGCGCCACAAACGUGUGCAUAGCGGGGAGAAGCCAUACCAGUGCGAACGCUGCCUGCAGAGCUUCUCCAGGACAGAUCGGCUGCUGAGACACAAACGAAUGUGCCAAGGCUGCCCAAGCAAAGCGUCCGACUCUCAGCUGCUGCUCUAGGGGUGGGCCCGGAGAGAUGAAUUUAGAAGAAGCUGGAAAGCCAAUGGAAUUCUCUGUGGUCUUUUUGUUUUGGGGGGGAGGGGGGAGAUUCUUUUGUGCUUGCAUUUGCCUACUGGGCAUACCCCCUUGUGAAAAGGGGAAGAGCUGAGGCAGGGCACAGACUUUUAAGCUAGGCUUGGACGCUGUAAAUAAGUUGAGGAUGAACUGCCUCUUGCAGUUGUGGAUGAACUUUUGUGUUUGGGGCGUUUCUUGUGGGAGGGGAGAGUCUCUCUCUUUCGCUCGCUCUCUCGUGGGGAAAGUUAUCGCCAUUUGCCUCGUGGAAAGUCUUUGAGAGAACUGCAAGACCUCUCGUGCAGGUCCAGAAUGACGGUGUUUUAGAGCUUCUGAUUGACCUGUCUGCCCACUUGCUGAACCUCUGGGCAUGCAAAAAUGGGAGAAGAACAGAGUAAUUGAUUUUCUUUUUUUAAAAAAAAAUUAGAGGCAAGCCUAACCAGAACGUGACACACAAGCAAUGGAUUUAAGAGACGGCGGCAGAAGAUUUUUGAAACCUGGAUUCACAGGAGUCUGUGCCAUCAGAGCAUUGCCAUAAGGUCAACAGAGCUUUUUCUUUUAAAAAAAAAUGUUCCUGUAGUAUCUGGGUUUGUGAUUCUAAGCUUUCCUUUAUCCCUCAGGUUUCAAAAAUACAAGGGCUGGAGAAGAGGUACCCUAUGUUGCCAGCUGUUGUAAAGUCCACCAUUCAGGAGGUACCGCUAGCAUAGUCAAUGAGAUACUGGCUACAUCCAGAUGCCUGAACAUCUGGUUACUCCCAGGUGGGGGAGGAGCUGCAGUCCCUUUGCGGGAAAUUGGCUCCUAUCCCACUCCCUUGCAUUCAGGGUCCGCCCCACUGAAAUGUUUCUUUGUGCAGAACUUGGGUCCUCUCAAAGCCUAGAUUUUGAGCUGGUGGCAAUCCAGGAUCACUAAUCUUUGCCCAUCCAUGAUUUGGCGGGUGGAACCAAGAACUUUCUGCGUGCGUUGGAGGAUCAGCGUUCUCUUGGGGUUCCGUGGGGGGAAAGAACGUAGGUCUUCUAUAUAAACGAUAGAUGUCUGCGAAUCGGGCCCAGUGUGCCUUUCGGUGCCAUUAAAUGAGAUUCGGCUGCCUUGGUGCUGAAAGCCAUCGUCUUGAGGAAGCUGUCCUCAGAGAGAAAGCAGAGGUCCCUGGACGCUCUCAGCUGCCCAGGCGUUUGCAGGCUGCACAGAAAAGAAUUUUGCCAAAAAUUUAGCCUGAUUUUUUUAAAAAAACCAUUCCGGCCAGUGCUGCUGUCUCUACUUUGCUUCGAGAAACCGAGGUCUCGUCAUGCCUGCUUUUGGUUCAGGUUGUCAUGGGGAUGGAUAGGCAGAGAGGCAAUGCCCGUACUGGGACUCUGUCAAUGUGAAACCUGCGCCUGGAAUCCUAGUGUAUGAUUAAAGCAGAGCUUCCCACCCCUUCCCUUCUCCCCCUUAACCUGAAUUCUCACACAGUUUUGCAGGCCUCCACUGGGGGUCCUCAGGUGUUUGAGACUUAUGAAACUUUUGUAAACCCACUACAUAAGUGGAGGCCUGAAAUUCCUCCCCCCACCCCAAAUGAAGUCCCAUUGCAGAGAGAGGCUUAAAUAUCAGCCCAAGUGACUUGAGGAUGUUUGUAAAUAGAGGUAGGACACUUCUGAUCAAGCAGCUUUCCUCCAGGUACAUGAUCCACCGUUGCUAUACUCCAGAAGCUGCGCUGAAAAAAGUAUCAUGCAGAAAUCAUACCUAGUAUCACAUUCUUGAUCUUUUUUUCUAAAUACUUGUCUCCCUAGGCAAACUUUUCCUUUUUGACUCCAUAGUUGUUCUUAACGUUGGCUGGAGCAAAACACCAGUAGCAAAGUGCUGGGCGGUGCGGUGGAGUGUGCUAUGCACAGGGUAUUAUUCAUUGCUCUGGCGCAACGGUUACUGGUGUUACAGAAGGAGCUAUAAGGAACUUGAAAGUUGCAUCCAGUUUCCACCACCGUUUCUUCUGCGCUCCUCAUGAAGAGCCACUGGGAUGUCUUGCUGCCUUGGCCUGAGAUUUGUGUUGUGCCGAAGUUGUUUCCAAACCCUGUUGGCUGUUGCCAUUGUAACCUGCCCAAGCAGACACUGAAGAGUUUUAAAAUCCUUUUUGUGUGUGUGCUGCAGAGUUGGGAAAGCCAUUGUUGUUUCAUACAAAUGCGUGCGCACGCAUCUCUUAUUGACGUAGGUGAAGUAAAACGGGAAGCCUCGUUUUCACUAAAAUUGGCUGCAUCACCUAUUAAUGUAUUUGAUUGUCCGACGCUGCAUAAUAGCAGCUUGUUGCUAUGUUGGAUUGGACUAGCAAAAAAGCAACUUGUCAUGCCUUUAAAAAAAAAAAGAAAGAAAAAAAUUAUCAAUCGGUUUUUUUUCUUCUUUAUAAUUUCUAGUGACUGCUUUCUCCAAAAGGAAGUACAGGAUUAUGUUGAUUAGAAAAUGCUUGUUAAAAAAAACAUAAGGGGGAAAAGAGGAAACUUGUUCUAUGCCUCAGUUGUCUGUGGCAGCAUUUUAAAUUAGAUUCGGAGCAGAGGAGGCCUUUAUCAUAUGCUAGGCACGGCCGUGUUGAUGCUGGCAUUAAUCUUGGCGAUUAUUGAAAUGAGAAGCUGUGACGUACGUUCAUCAGGUUAGAAACCCAGAUCGUUAGCGGGGGGCGGCUGCCUUUUGCUAUUCGCUCCCUUCCCUUACCAGAGCAGUGACCCAUAAGUGCAAUACAGUGUUUUGAGGCUCGCCUGCAAGAGUAUAGUCAGUUCAUUUGGAGGCUAGUCAAACAUGGCGUUGCUAAGCUGUUACGCGUGCAGCUGUUUUGGCAUUCCUUAUUUGUGGUUUUUCAGCCACCAAGCCUGACAAAAGGAAAAACUGCUUUUGGUCAAGGCAAGUGGCUGCAGAGUGUACUAAGUGCAUCGCUCUGUAAGCAGGCACGUGCUGCUUUUAGGGUCAAAGGCAUAGAAAUCGCCACGCUUCAGAUGCCGACACGUGUGAUCUUAGCUGUCGGGGCUUUUCUCAGAAAGUAGCUGGCACGCAUCAGGGGUGUCGAGGGGGGAGUGGGCAGACAGGCUUCCUAGAUGCUGUUGGUGGAGCUGGGUGGGGAGGAUGGGGCUUCUGUGUUCUGUGCAACCAUCUUCCUGGUACGGAUGGCACUCAGCCAGUCUUGUGGCUCAUCGCCAUACCGCAGCAUGCAUAGUUUGGUUCAGGUGAAGUGUGUCCAGAGCAGGACUGUCUCUUCUGUAAAUACAUCCAUUGUAUUUCUCAAGAACCCUGUAAGGAUGCUCAUGGAGGGCUUACAAACCUUGCGAAUGCUUAGGACCAAAAAUGCUUUGGGGGAAAUUCUGGGGGUGGGGGGAAGAGUCCCCUUGUGCUUUAGGGGCUGUGUACCAGAGCUUCCAAGAGUUCCUCUAACAUGAUAAAACAAUCCAAGUUAAGGCUAUUCUUAGACUGUGUCACUUACAGCAGGAUUUGAGUUCAGUGGCGCCUUAAGAGCCCAACAAGAUCUUCAGAGUGUAACCUUUCAAGAGUCAGAGCACCCUUCUGUACGUGAAGAAGUGGUUGAUCGCUCAGGCGCUACGGCACUUAAAUCCUACUGUUCCGCCGCAGGCUAACACAGCUACCCACCUAAACUGUGUCACUUAACAGUUGCAGGGCGGCAUGCCUCCCUGGGAAGGGGAUGUCUUAAAGAGAGCACUACCAUGUCAGGGAAGAAGGGUGCAGUCUGAACGUCUCCCUGAUGUUUCUAGUAAGGCAAGAAGUUAAUGGAGGAGCGUUAAACGUGCAGCUUUUCUUCUCCCCUGCCCCAAUGGAACAGUCCGGGUGCAGCUUCACCAUACACGUCGGCCAGUCUGUGCACACUGGCGCUUGGUCCCCGUGAGGUCGGUGAUAGGAAAUGCAGUCGAAGCAUGUCACCGUUUCUUGUUUUUGCAAAUAAUACACUAACACGCAAAAAAAACCCUUACACAAACCUUCCAGUAAAUCGACUGCUUCCUGGAACAGGGUUUAUUAUGGGUUAGAAAUUGGUCCCCAUUUUUAGUGAAACAGAGAUUCUCUUCACGGGUGAUUGUGUUUUUUAAAAAAAAUUGUUAGCGAAGGCAAGAUCUGACUUUCUCUUAUCUGCCACUGGAUAAGACCAAGGCCAUUUCCACACACGUUGAAUAAUGCACUUUCGCAAUCCUUUGGAAGUGGGAUUUUUAGUUCCACACAUGGAAAAGCAGCUCCAAAUGUUCACUAAAGAGUAUUGAAAGUGGAUUAUCCAACGUGUGUGGAAGCAGCCCCAAAAGAACCUUUUUAAAAUACAUCUUGGCAGUUCAGAGUGGCCCAACGAGGCGAUGUACGGUUGCAAAGUGACAAGGGUUCAGUAGGAUGGGAAUUGUAGGCUUCCUGUGGAAAAUAAAAGGCGAGGCAGGCUGCCGUAUGAAAUGCUCCUGAGCGCCAGCAGGCUACAGCUGGUGUGACUGUUGGAAAGAACAGGAUUGCAAAGCGGUGACUUGGAAACUUUUGAGUUCUGCGAGUCCUGGUUUGCAAGCAUUGCCUUAGGAAGAGGUAUUCCUUUCCAAACGAGAAGGGAGGGAUAUCUCUUCUAAGAUGGCCCGUGUAAGACUCAUACUUGCAUCGACAUACAGCCUGUGUCUUUCCUUCCUGGACGUUGAAGAAAGGUUAGUGCUGUAUGGUGGUGUGUGUACCUUUGCCUGAGGUGUUCCUUGAGGGCACUGCAAAGUUCUUGGUUGUAAUCUGGCCGCAGUUAAGCAUUAAUGUACAUUUGGGGAAGCGUUUGGUACAAUCUGCACUGCCUUCUUUGUUUUCCUCCAUGGGAGGCGGGUAGACGUCUGUCCGUGGACAGGGCUCGGAACGCCUUAGAACUCAAGCGCACUCUCUCCUGCUGCAUGACAUGAGACUUGCCCAGUGAAUUGCACACUGGAUGUAUCGUUGGCCCUGAUUUUAAGAAUGAAUUUGGAGUAAGAAGAGGUGGUGCAGUUCGUGCUUAUCGAUAACACAGUUUUUCCAUUGAUAGCAAGAGGGAGAAGAAUCGUAGCACUUCUGAUUGAAAAGAGAAACCAUGAAAUUUGACUGUGUUGUUUCAGCCUAAUAUCGAAGUUCCAAUGGCUUACUUGUUGUUUUUCCUUUCCUCCCCGUCCCAUCCUUUGAUUCACUUAUUUUGCUACGGGGGAGGGACUUGGGGGCAGGGGUGUACCCAAGGGUCAGGAUCACUUUUAAACUGUAGUUUUUAUAAGAUGUUAUAAACUUGUAUCUUUUU